CACAUUCUCAGGUAUGCACACUGGAAUAAAGACGGUGAGAGCUGAGGAAACGAUUGUUUAAAUAGACGAAUCUGUUUCCAUUGUAGUUUAGUAUAGAAAGAUGCGUUCCAGGAAGUUUGCCUUUUUUCUUUUUCUUUUUUACGCCUCUUGUUUUUUGGUUGAGGUCUUUGGCCAAAAUGGCGAUGUAUUAGUAACAUUAACGACAAUUUCCAGUUAUUUAUUUAUGUUAUUAAUUACUUUCACCAGUAGAAUCUCUCAAAACGAUACGAAGAACGAUUAAGUUGAGCAGGUCACACAGCAGAAGCUGCAAGCCUGCCAUUCUAAUAUCAAGAUGUCACCUGGAAAGACCUCAGUCAACAUUGUGAACUUGGGGAGAGUUGCUUAUCGCAGUGCCCUACAGAUACAGCAACAAUAUGUCAGACAACAUUUCGAUUCUUCAAGCCAAACUCCAAACACGGUACUCUUGUGUGAACAUGAUCCUGUUUACACCACUGGCAUUCGGAGAGCAUCGUACCCUGCUGAAGAGGAGCAGAGACUGAAAGAUCUGGGUGCAGAAUUCUUUCGGACAAACCGUGGAGGCCUUAUAACCUUUCACGGACCAGGACAGAUGGUGUGUUAUCCUAUUCUUAAUCUGGGCUGCUUUAAGAAGAGUGUGAGGUGGUAUGUGUGUGAACUGGAAAAGACAGUGAUUAAGAUGUGUGACAAGUUUGGAAUUAAAGCCUCCACCUCGCCAGACACUGGGAUCUGGGUUGGAAAUAACAAAAUAUGUGCAAUAGGUAUCCGCUGUGGUAGAUACAUCACUUCUCAUGGUUUGGGACUGAACUGCAACACUGACAUGAGCUGGUUUGACCACAUUGUACCCUGUGGUAUAGUGGGAAAAGGAGUCACCUCACUCAGUCAAGAGCUUGGCCGGGAUGUCACGAUUGAAGAGGCGGCUCCAGUGUUACUAGAGGCUUUUAGUGAACAGUUCAAUUGCACUCUGAAUAAAGAUGAUCUUCAUCUUCUGCAAAAUCACUGAAUGCCAGACAAAACAGACUUUAAACCGAUAAAUACUGUAGGUAACCCUAAUAAAAUGUUAAAUAUUUUGCCAGUC